AUGCCUCGCAGUUCAGCUCAGCUGCGUGGUCCUAAGGACCCCUCAGCUCAAAAACCAGCGCAGAAGCGGAAGAACGGCCGGGCGCUCAAUGCGCUGUCUAUUGCAGAGAAGCAAAUUCCGACUAAAUUAGGUGUUCGACGCAGCCGACUAGGCGCCUAUGACGAUGGUUCCUUCAUUCGCAAGCGAAACAACGGGGACGAUGAUGAAGACGACGAGGCCCAACAUCACAAGCGCCGCAGAACCGAAGACACUGGAAGCCUCGAUGGUGGCAGUGAUAGUGAAGGACACGAAUGGACACUCGGCCAAGUGAACAGCGACGACGACAGUGAACUUGACAGUGACGAAGCUCUGGGCGAGAGCGAUGAAGAACGAUUUGAGGGCUUCACUUUCCGUGCCUCCAAGUCCACGUCCAAGCCAAAGAAAGCGGAACCCAAGGCGAAGAAACCUAGUGAAAUCAACUUGGACGAAGAUGACGAAGAGUCGGAGGAGGAGUCUGAGGGUGACUACGACGAAGAUGAAGACGAUGAUCUAGGAGAGGAUGCUGUCGACCUCGCAACUGCCUGGGAUAUGAACGCUGCCGCCGAGGAAGAAGAUGUUAAGGAAGCAUCAAGAAAGGCCAAGCGGGCUGCCAGAGACGACAGUGAUGAAGAUUCAGGAUCAGAGGGGGACAGCGAAAGCGAAGAAAGCGACGAUGACCUUUCUGUCUCCGACGAGGGUGCAGACAAGCACGGUCUAUCAAAACUACAGGAUUUCGUCCAGGCUAUGGAGACCGGCAAGCCUACGAAACGUACUCAAAAGUCACAAGAGCAAGGCAAGCCCUCGGAAUACGGUCUUACAUCCUCCAACAAAUUGACCGUCGCCGAUCUACUCCCUUCAAUCACGGAUUCUCGACUCAAAAGCUCCCUCAAACACAUCGACUCUGUCCUUCAAAAUUCCAAGACUGGCAUUCCGGGCAAGCUAGAUGCUCCUCUGGCCAAGCGCCAACAGGAUCGUCUGGAUCGUGCUGCGGCCUAUGAGAAGAGCAAGGAAACCCUCAACCGAUGGCUCGACACCGUCAAAGCCAACCGUAGAGCUGAGCACCUCUCGUUCCCUCUGGCUGAUCCUGACGCCGAGCAAAAUCACAAGAAGAUGGAUAUUGUCAAGCCACAAAAUGACUUGGAAAGUGCCAUUCAGAACAUUCUUGUGGAAAGUGGUCUGGCUGAGGCUGAGGGCCAGUCGGCCGAGGACCAGAUCCAGAAGAUGGAAGAACUGCAAGCACGCAAUAUUCCAAUCGAGGAGAUCCAAGCCCGACGCACUGAGCUCCGCAAGAGACGUGACUUGAUGUUCCGAGAGGAAGUGCGUUCUAAGCGCAUCAAGAAGAUCAAGAGCAAGUCUUACCGCCGCGUUCACCGUAAGGAGCGUGAGAAGCAAGAGCAGCAAGAGCGCCAGGCUCUUAUUGAAGCAGGUGUCGACCCAGACGAGAUGGACCAGGAGAAGAGUGAACGCAUGAGAGCCGAAGCUCGCAUGGGCUCCAAGCAUCGCGAAAGCAAAUGGUCCAAGGGCCUGAAGCAGAGUGGUCGUACCGCCUGGGACGAAGAGGCCCGCAACAGCGCAGCUGACUUGGCCCAAAGAGAGGAGGAGUUGCGGAAGAGAAUCGAGGGCAAGCGUGUCUCUACUGGAGAGGACGAUUACUUGGAAUCUAGCUCUGAGUCAGAGGAAGAUGACCCCUGGGCUGAGGAUGCAUCUGAUGUCGAGAGGCAAAAGAUCCAAAAGAAGCUCAAGGCUCUCAACGGUGAUGAUGUCGAUGAGGAUGCUCCGAAGGGACCUCAUGCUGAUCUCUUUGCGAUGAAAUUCAUGCAAAAAGCCGACGCCGCCCGCAAGGAACAGAAUGAUGCCGAGAUCCGCAAGCUCGAACGUGAGCUUCACGGAGAGGAGUCUGAGUCUGAGGCAGAGUCUGAGGUUGGUCGACGAAAGUUCGGAAAGACAUCGAAAACUGAGCAGAAGCCCGUCAAACCUUUGCUCAAGAACGAGUUUGAAGAAGCCCUCGACUCCGAUGAUGAAGACGCACAGGCAGCAAGAGCGGGAUCAGACGAUGAUGUUAACAUUGUUGUCGAUGCUCCGGCUAAGCAGAAAUCUACAUCAACCAACAAGAACGUCUCACAGCCUUCGCGCAACUCUUCCCAACGGGAGGAGUCCCCUGCUGACGAGGAAAACCCAUGGCUGGUUCAGACUGAACGGACCAACCGCCGUCGGACUGGCCCAGAUGCCCAGGAGACUAUCGAUAUUUCACUCGACGUUGCCCCUCAAGCCGCCCCUGCGAAGCAACAGAAGAAGCAGAAGAACGCCAAGGCAGCUCCCGCCAAGAAACAUCAACUCGAGGAUGAGAGCGAUGAUGAAGAGAACGUGCCUGUGCUACUCAAGAACCACGACCUUGUGAAGAGAGCCUUCGCCGGCGACGAAGUCGUCCAAGAUUUCGAGCAAGACAAAAUGGACACCAUCGAAGACGAAGGUGAUCAUGUUGUAGACAACACACUCGCAGGCUGGGGUAGCUGGGCCGGUGACGGUGUCAGCAAGAAGCAGCAGAAGAGACAGAAGCGCGACCUGACCACUGUGCAGGGUGUGAAGCCCCAACAGCGCAAGGAUGCCAAGCUGGAUCGGGUGAUCAUCAACCAGAAGCGUGUCAAGAAGAACGUGAAGUACAUGGCCAGCCAAUUGCCGCAUGAGUUCGAGACCAAGCAACAGUACGAACGGUCUCUGCGCAUGCCUCUGGGCCCUGAGUGGUCUACCAAGGAGACUUUCCAGAGCGGUACCAAGCCUCGUAUCAUGGUCAAGCAGGGCAUUAUCAAGCCUAUGCAGAAUCCUAUGAUUUAA